AUGGAGCCGCUGCGCAAUGGCGGCGGCGCGGAGGAGAAGCCGCGACGGCGGGGGGGGGCGGACGCCGGACCCCCGCGGCGGCGGAGCAGCGGCGCGGCGGGCGUUGACAGCGCGGCGGGGCCGCAGCCCCGCGAACGGGGCGGCUCCGUCAGCCGCCAGCGCCGGGACUCGGUCCGCAAGAACCGCCCGCUCUUUCCUUGGUUUGGCUUGGAUAUCGGAGGGACCUUGGUCAAACUUGUUUAUUUUGAACCAAAGGACAUCACCGCGGAAGAGGAGGAGGAAGAAGUGGAAAAUCUCAAAAGCAUCCGCAAAUACCUGACAUCAAACGUAGCCUAUGGAUCUACAGGCAUUCGGGAUGUGCACCUUGAACUAAAGGACCUUACCCUAUGUGGACGUAAAGGCAAUCUGCACUUUAUACGCUUUCCUACUCAUGACAUGCCUGCUUUUAUUCAAAUGGGAAGCGAAAAACACUUCUCAAGCCUCCAUACUACUUUAUGUGCCACGGGAGGUGGAGCGUACAAAUUUGAGCAGGACUUUCGCACAAUGGGUGACCUUCAGCUUUGUAAGCUAGAUGAACUCGAUUGCCUUAUUAAAGGAGUUUUGUACAUUGAUUCAGUUGGAUUCAAUGGACAUUCAGAGUGCUACUAUUUUGAGAACCCGACGGAUGCUGAAAGAUGUCAGAAGCUCCCAUUCAACUUGGAGAAUCCGUAUCCUCUCCUUUUGGUGAACAUUGGCUCAGGGGUCAGCAUUUUGGCUGUGUAUUCGGAAGAAAACUAUAAACGGGUAACAGGCACCAGCCUUGGAGGGGGAACUUUUUUUGGUCUCUGCUGCCUUCUUACCGGUUGCUCCACCUUUGAAGAGGCCCUAGAGAUGGCAUCCCAUGGAGACAGUACCAAGGUGGACAAACUAGUGCGGGACAUUUACGGAGGAGACUACGAGCGAUUCGGAUUGCCAGGCUGGGCUGUAGCGUCCAGCUUCGGCAACAUGAUGAGCAAGGAGAAGCGGGAAUCUGUCAGCAAAGAGGACCUCGCGAAGGCUACUUUAAUAACCAUCACUAAUAACAUUGGCUCCAUAGCACGGAUGUGUGCACUUAAUGAGAACAUUAAUCGAGUGGUGUUCGUUGGCAACUUCCUUCGGAUCAAUACAAUCUCGAUGAGGCUUCUGGCGUAUGCUUUGGACUACUGGUCGAAGGGACAGUUAAAAGCACUUUUCUUGGAACAUGAGGGUUAUUUUGGGGCAGUCGGUGCUCUUCUGGAACUCCUGGAUUCAGCCUGACUCCCUGCAGAUUCUGUACGUUGGACCUACGAAGUUGGGGCGCUUCCUGGGUCACUAAGCCCACGUUUCGCUUUAAAGCAUCUGUUCGCUGACUGUUAAACUAAUUGUGCGUGACCUAAUCAGAAAAGGAAAGGACUGUUGUGUUUCUGUCUGUAAAGUUGAAACCAAUCGUCGAUUACAACGCAGGUUUGUUUAAAAGGAGUAUAUAUGCAAAUACGCUGACCGAAGGUGGCGGUUGUAUCUGGGACAUCUGUAGGGCAUUUAGUCGCUUACAUCAAGUAGCCCUUUUUAUGUAGUCUUCUCCAUGUUUAGUGGUGGUGACGUAAUAGAAGACGUGCACUCUCUUCCCUCCGUCAAGAUUCCUUUGAGUGCUGAAUGUCUACCCAGUUCACAGUUCAUAGAGUUCAGCUGCAGCGUCUUACGUUCUGCAAAUGAAAGGCAUCCCGUUCGCGUUGCGCUGUAAAUUGUCUGUACGGGGGAAAGAACGUCAGCGCAGCCCUGGCGGGUAAAAACCAUCCGGACCACUUCUGUCUCCUCUGAACCGUACAGCGGCCUGUCAGUCACCGUUGUGCUGUCAGUAAAGCUUUAUUCCUGUUACCGCAGUUUCUUAUCUGUGUAUACUAGAGACGAAAGGUAAGGCACAAAUCUUCUGUCUCGGGUUGAUCCCGAUGUCAGCCUGUAACACUUCUAUACAGACCACAACACCCCUUGGGAUACAUCAUAGUGCUGGCGUAGCGUUAGGACUGUCUGUCAACCUCUGACCUCGAGAUCUGCUAAAAGCAAAUUUGAGGAUGAAAUAGUGUGGAGUUUGGGUUUUUGUGGGUUUUUUUUCUCUGUUGUAAAACUUGGCUGCAUAUAACCGUACCAAAGAGAUUGGUUUUUUUUCAGUCAUACACUUGGGAUCUUCUCUGUAAUGUUCCAUUUCACGUUUAUUAAUUGCUAAACUACUGUAGCUUCCGGGGGAAACCUCUCCUUCCCGUAUGCAUGCUGCACUCUUCUCUGUUUUCUCUGUGCAUGCCGUCCUGCAUACAGCCCGCAAACUGGGUGGCUGCAGCUUGCAACCCCUAAAGAUAUUGCACUCUCAGGAUGUGGAUUUAGCAGUGGCUUACUGCACGCCGAAUAACUGCGCUCUCAAAACAACAGAGAUGCCGAUAGCGGGACAGCAGUUUAAAAAAGAAAAGCAGCACGCAUACGGUUUGUAAUCUGACCUUCCUUCCUCCUGUCUCUGCUUUGCCCCGGCUCUUUGCGGAAAUUCUUCCCAGACUUGAACCUUGCGUUACGAAAGGAAGAUCUUUAGUGAGAAGGGUGUUGGUGUUCUCUUGGCCGUGCGACUGGCAUCGGUUAUUUCAGUAUAACUGCACUCCAGUCAGGGAGCGUGAAAAAGCCGCUUUUCUGAAGAGCCAUCUGCGCCUUCCCUUGACGAUGUCAGCUACGUGGAGAUACUAUUUCAGCGCGUUCUCUGCAAUUCAGUGCUCUGGCUUUCCAGCUAAGCAGCUCAGCUAUAUGUAGAAGUUUUCCUUCCGCGACCGGCAUGAAGCAGUCUUUCGUGAAAUGCAAGUGCCGAUCCCUUCGCCUCAUACUUGUUGGGGUUUAUCCCAGGACGUUGGAACGACGGUCAUCCUGACUCGAACGCAUCUUUUAAAGCCAUGGUUUCUUUUCGGAGAAGUUGAUUUUCAGCUCUCUGAUCCCGAUGCCCGUUUUGAUGACUGAUCGCAGCGCUGGACAGCCGCUGCCGGUUUGGUAGCUUGCGGUUUGGCUGCAAUAACGCGCAGUAGAGGUGCAGUAGCGGCACAACAAAUCGCGUCCGGCUCUACCUAUUGCUGCAGCCCGAGAUCCGAGUACUCGCAAGGUGCUCCGCAGCUCGCUGCGUUCGUUGCACGGUACCUGCCUCUCUUUUGGGCCUGAAAAGGGAAGAAACUACGAAUUCAGAAGACGUACUCUUUGCUAGAUUAGAUCCUGUGUGAUAUUUCUCUUAAAGCCUGUCCUGUCAGCUCUGCUGGGUAAGUGUUCCAGACAGCAGACACCACGUAAAGUACGGGACUUUCUAACUGUGGGCCUGGAACUUCCUGAAUACAUCCAGUAAUUUGACAACAAUAAUCAAAUGGGGGGAAGAAAGAGAGCAGCGUUCCCGUGAAAGGUAAUCUUUGCUGCGUGCUGUCUGCAGAAGAAAAUGUUUGUGCUUUUCCUGCAGGAUAGUGCAGGUUUCAGUUGUAUCCCGCUCUGCGUUCAGUAUAACGUGGUACUUUUAGAGGUAAGGGGUUUGAGCAGGAUAAUACAGAGUCAUAGCGUGGUUUGAGUUGGAAAGGACCUUGAAAGAUCACCUAGUCCCACGCCCUGCCGUGGGCAGGGACACCUUCCGCUAGCCCAGGUUGCUCAAAGCCCCGUCCAGCCUGAACUUCAGCACUUCCAGGGAUGGGGCAUCCACAACCUCGCUGGGCAAAUCGCAUCUGAGACCUCACGUAUUCUUCAUUUCUUGUGAAAUGACACAAAAGAUAGCCCAGGUAGGUGUAUUAAAAACAACUCCGCUUUCAAAUUGCUGAUUGUAGGUUUUCUAGACUUAACUCUUUCUCUGCCAUACAACAUGUAGCACACAGCACGUACCCGGCUGCCGUUUCAGCCAGGUCACCCGCCCGCACAGCCAAUAACCUGGGCCCUGCUUUGACUCGUGGAAAAGAAACAGAAACGCGCUUUGGCUUUUUGAAACGUCCUCGUGCUCAGGACCUCCUUAGCUCCUUGGUGUCAUGCUUCAGUGAUGCACUGGGCUGGUGUGGGCUUAUCAGAUUUAAUUAGUCCCGAGGGUUUUAUACAGACGACGUCGGUGCGGGGAGGGAAUAUAAGCCGCCUCUGAAUCUUCGUAAUACGCAGAAGAGGGGCUGAUUUUUUUAGUAGCAGUAGCCUUUGGGAGCUGAAGACUGACGGAAGGAAGGAGCUACCUUGAAAUGAUUUUGUUACGCAGAGGGGAGCUGCGGAGAGCCGAGGAACCUCUGCAGAGCCGAGCAGCCUCUGCAGCGACCCCGCAGCCUGGUCUACAAGAAGUCCCUGCCCUGAGGCGCUGGCGUAGGUGCCAGGCUGGCGUCCCUGGGAGCAGCGUGCCGCGCGUUUUCCCGUGUUCGUUCUGCGCACUCGUGUGUGUAACUCUUUUUUCUAUGGAUAUUGAGUAGAUCCCAUGCGGUCUGAUGUCUGACACCAAAGUCCCUGAUGUGUUGUGUGUAUUUUUUUGUAAAUUUUUUUUUUUUCUUCUUGUAAUAAAAUAUUACAGUUAUUUUUUA